AUGGACCGCGCGCCGCGGCGACGGCGGGAGCCUAAACAGGUAAAUGGGCGCGGGCCUUUCGUCAGGCAGCAUCGGUGGCUCGGCCCGCCGUUGUGUCGAGGGGGAGGCCUGCUCGUGGCGGCGGCGGCGGCGGCGGCGGCCUUAGGACGAGAGUGUGAAAGUCAGACGCUGUCAGGCAAGGUGCUGCUUCUCUUCGGCUACAGCAAAGGCCGCUUUGGAGUUGGGGCGUCCCGAUUGGGUGACUUGUAUAAUAGAAAAGGCAAAUGGACAACUGGAAAAUUGAACUUCCCAUUCUGUGAGGCUUGUCUUGAAGAAUAUAACUUUAUCAGUAAUACAGCAUGUUUAUGUGGACAGUUUACAGAUAUUCAUCUUUGUAAAAGACAAACUGAGUGCCAGAUAGCUAGUAGAUUACCAAAAUCACAACUAAAGCACUUGUCACUUUGUAAAUGCCAUUUUGAUUCUAGUAAAGAAAUACACAAGAGUGCUACAAGUGGAAUUCUGAGAGCUGAAAAUCAAAGAGUUCCAUAUCUGGCUAAAAGUAAUGACAGUACUGGAAGAUUAAUGGAGGCACUUUGCCUAGAGUUGAGAUCAGCUAACUUUGAGAUGAAUAAUAAAAAACUAUGCUUCAAAGUGUCUAAUCUAAAAGCAAGUAUUUCAGCUUCACUGGCUCAGAAUGACGGAUACACUGUAAAAGCUUUUCAUAGAAUACCACAGAGUUUGAGAAAGGGGCUUGUCUUGCUACCCACUUUAUAUGGAAUAUCCACAAUUGAGAGACCUGUUUUCUCUAGGCAACAUGAAACACAGCAUUUUAAUUCAAAAGAUUGUUUACCACUGAAAUCCAACAAAGUACAUAAUUAUUUUCAGUUCCAACUUGAAUCAGAUACUAUCAAGCUUUCAAAGAAUUUUUCAGUUACUCCUUACAGAAUAUUAGCACAAGAAGAAACUGGGUUUAAUCCUGUUUGGAAAGCUUCAAAAAGUUAUCUUGAGAGUGCUGUUACUGAUCAACAGCUGUUUUUACCUUCAUCAAAGACUAUUGCAAAAGAAAAUACUCUCCAGCUGCAUAUCAUACCUUUUUAUCUUCUUCAGCCCUUCACAACUAUUGAUCAAGAGUUGUACAAGAAAAAAAGAAACCAGUUGAACAAUUUGGAGAAAAAACAUAGGUGGCAAGACCAGACAAUGAAUACAAAAGAGGAAUAUGAACACAGAAAAGAUAAGGAAAGUUACCUAUGUGCAGUUUGCUUGGAUAUCUACUUCAAUCCUUACAAGUGCUACCCAUGCCAUCAUAUUUUCUGCGAACCUUGCCUACGUAUGCUUGCCAAGGAUAAUCCAACUAGCACUCCAUGUCCUCUCUGCCGUACUGCAAUUACCCAUGUUUUUUUUCAAUCAGAACUGAACAAUUCCACAGAAACUUUCUUUCCAAUGGAAUAUUCAAAAUUAAAGGAAAAUUUUCAAAAAUCAAACUUAGCAAAUUGGCCUCUCCCUAGUUGCAAAAAAGUAUUCAGAGUUAUCGAUGGUUUUCAGAGUACAGACUCCUUUACACGAAGGCAUUUUCCACAUGCUGCCCACAGAAUGGAUUAUAUGGACUUUGAGGACGAUAGCCGGGGUUGGCGAUUUGACAUGGACAUGGUGAUAAUCUACAUUUAUGCCAUCAACUGGGUCUUGGGAUUUAUCGUGUUUUGUUUUCUUUGCUAUUUUUUCUUUCCUUUUUAAGGAUUUCUGUUCCCUAUUUUGUAUGUGAGUGGUAAAACAAAAUAUAGACAAUUCUGGAUUAAAAAAUGCAGAUGAUGUACAAUCUUAGGUCUCCUGUAUAACAAUGAUAAAGCUGCACAACAAUAAUUCAUUUUGUUUUUUGGAUUUUCUAAGUUUUAUUAUAUUUUGAAAUGAAAAAACAUUUGCAUAUUAACAAUGUUAGAUUGCUUUUUCUAAUACCUGUUAAGAUGGCCUGGUGCUUUGAGUCUGUAUUUGCAAUCUGUACAUAAACGUGGGUAUCUUCAUGAAUGAGUAUUCAUAUAGCAGUGAAUCUUUACUGACUACCUUCAACUUCUACCUGGUAUGUAUAAAAUACAUAUACAAACUAUUACCUCACACUUAAUGGUUUCUGUAGAGAUAGUUCACAUAUUAAAUGCUUACAUUCAGUUGAAAUAUUUUUUCUCUUCAGCUUUGGAAUUCAGUGUGAUGUUUUUAUAUCCAGUACUUAUUGCAUAUAAUUGUCAUGUUGAGUCUCAGCUUUCCACCUCUUGAAAUCAUUUUAGGAGUUUCAUGAGAGAUUUUUUGUAGUAAAAUGUAUUAUGUACUUUAAGAUAUAUGGGAUAUGACUUGGGAGAAAUUUGUUAGAGAAAUGUAUACAGUGCCUAUGGUGGUCAGUAUUUCAGCAGAGACAAUUUAGAUAUCUUUUUAUUUGUGGAUGUCUGUGAAAUUCGUCAAAAGACUCAUUGGUUUGCCUUACUGAUCAACAGUGUUUAUGCUAAGAGCUGAUAUUAAAUAAAC